AACCGGUUCAGACUCCAGCAGCAGCAGGACAGAGUCUGGAUCUGGACAGUUACUGGAACUGGAUCACUGGGACUCACUGGUUCUGGUUUCUCUCUCAAGACGUCCAGAAGAUGGAAGAUCUGGUUCUGAAAAAGGACAGAGCAGAACCUGCAGGAUCCAUCAGUCCGUCCAUGAGGAGUGAUGUCUCCAAACGAAAACCUCCAGAGUUCAGUACUGAACCUGGACCCUCAGAUAUAAAGAGCAGCUUUGGUGAGGACGAGCAUCCGUCCUGCUGUGCUUUGUGCCAGAAUGUUCUGAUGGAUCCAGUCUUUACCAGCUGCCCCCAGUGUGGGAACCAACCCAGAACAAGAUCUGGACUGCUGACAGCCAAUCAGAGCAGCUGUGCUCCAGAUGUUGGUCUGCAGGAGGUUCUAGAGGAAUAUAAGAUCAGUCUGAGGAGUAGAUGUGAAUGUGUGACUGAGGGAUGUGAUGAAACAGGAAGUAGAACCCUCCUCAACAGGAUCUACACUGAUCUCUACAUCACAGAGGGACAUGGUGACGAGGUUAACACCCAGCACGAGGUGAAGCAGCUGGAAAGAGCUUCCAAGUUCCAGAACCUCAAUGUUUCUGCAAUCAGAUGUCACGACAUCUUUAAAUCCUUCCCUGACCAACAUGGAUUUAUCAGAGUGGUUCUGACCAACGGCGUCGCUGGUGUUGGAAAAACCUUCUCAGUGCAGAAGUUCACUCUGGACUGGGCAGAGGGCUUGGAGAACCAAGAUGUCAGUAUGGUGGUUCUGUUUUCAUUCAGGGAACUGAACUUGAUCAGAGAUGAGCAACACAGUCUUCUCACGCUGCUCCAUGUUUUCCAUCCAACACUCCAGAAGCUCCCAGCAGAGCAGCUGGCUGUCUGCAAACUUCUCUUCAUCUUUGAUGGCUUGGAUGAAAGCAGACUUUCACUGGACUUCAACAACAGUCUGCUGGUUUCUGACAUCACACAGAAAUCAUCAGUCAAUGUUCUGCUGACAAACCUCAUCAAGGGGAACCUGCUUCCCUCGGCUCUCAUCUGGAUCACUUCCAGACCUGCAGCGGCCAAUCAGAUCCCUCCUUCAUGUGUUACCAGGGCAACAGAAGUACGAGGAUUCACUGAUGUCCAGAAGGAGGAAUACUUCAGGAAGAGAUUCACUGAUGAAGAGCUGUCCAGCAGAAUCAUCUCCCACAUCAAGACCUCCAGGAGCCUCCACAUCAUGUGUGGAAUCCCAGUUUUCUGUUGGAUCACUGCUACAGUUCUGGAGAACAUGUUGACCUCAGAGCAGAGAGGAGAGCUGCCCAAGACCAUGACUGACAUGUACUCACACUUCCUGCUGGUCCAGACAAAGAGGAAGGACAACAAGUACCAUGGAGGACAUGAGACAAGUCCACAGGAGCUGAUGGAGGCUGAGAGGGAAGUUCUUCUGAAACUGGGGAGGCUGGCAUUUGAACAUCUGGAGAAAGGAAACAUCAUGUUCUACCAAGAAGACCUGGAGCAGUGUGGUCUGGAUGUCACAGAGGCCUCAGUGUACUCAGGACUUUGUACAGAGAUCUUCAAAAGAGAGAGUGUGAUCUUCCAGAAACCAGUCUACUGCUUUGUUCAUCUGAGCGUCCAGGACUUUCUGGCUGCAGUCUACAUGCUCCACUGCUUCACCACCAGGAAGUCAGAGGUGAUCAGGAAGUUCCUGGAAGAAGAAUGCAAUGAAACAUCUCUGGAGGACUUCAUGGAGAAAGUCAUGGAGAAAUCCCUCAGCAGUGAAAAUGGCCACCUGGACCUGUUUGUCCGCUUCCUUCAUGGUCUCACUGUGGAGUCCAACCAGAACCUCUUAGAAGAUCUGCUGGGUCAGAGAGAGAACAGUCCAGAAACCAUCCAGAGAAUCAUCACCAACCUGAAGAAGAUGAACACUAAAAAAAUCUCUCCUGACAGAAGCAUCAACAUCUUCUACUGUCUGAUGGAGAUGAACGAUCUCUCAUUUUAUCAGGAGAUCCAACGGCUGCUGGAUUCAGGGAAGAAACUCUCAGAUACUGACUGUUCAGCUCUGGCCUCCAUGCUGCAGAUGUCAGAGGUUCUGGAUGAGUUGGACCUGGAGAAGUACAACACAUCAGAAUCAGGACGAUGGAGACUGGUUCCAGCUGUGAGGAACUGCAGAAAGGCUCGACUUGGUGGCUGUUCGCUCCGAAAGGAUGAAUGUGAAGUUUUGGCCUCAGCGCUGAAGUCCAACCCAGAUCUGACUGAACUGGAAAUCAGUGAGAUCCAACUGGGAGGAAAAACCUUUGGAGACUCUGAUAUGAAGUCUCUGCUUGAGAUCCUGGAGAGUUCAAUCAGUAAAGUGAAGAAUCUAGGAUUGAAGUGGUGCAGUUUGUCAGAGACCAGCUGGACUUCUCUGUUCUCAGCUCUGAAGUCCAAAUCCUCCUAUCUGACACUACUGGACCUGUUCACCACCAAUCUGGGAGAUUCUGGACUGAAGGAUCUCUGUGGUUUUCUACAGACUGAAGGCUGCAGACUGGAGACAUUGAGAUUGUGGGACUGCAGGUUGUCAGAGAUCAGCUGUGAUUAUUUGGCCUCAACUCUGAAGUCCAACCCGACCCAUCUGACAUUACUGGACUUGAGCUACAACGACCUGAAUUAUCCAGAUGUUCAGCAGCUGAAGGAUCUUGUAAAGAAUGUUCUGUGGACGACAGAUAGAUUUCUGUAAAGUAGAGAAUGAUCUCUGUGUCCUGCUGAUCCUCAGAGGUUGAAGCUGCAGCAGUUUGAGUCUAAAGAGACUUUGACUGGACCAUGAUGAUGACCUCUGACCUCCAAGAUUUUCCUGUGUUUGUUUUCUCAUGUCUGUCAUUUAGUGUCUGAUAUUGUUUGUGUCUUUGGAUCAAUAAAGAUCCAAUUCAAACUGGGAUCCAUUUAGAGGCUUCAUGUAGUUUUGAUCUGAACUGGAUUCAACUGGAAAGUUGAUCUUUUUUCUCUCUGGUUCGUUUUCAUCCUGGAACCAGAACUGGUCUGAGAAUGGAAACAUGGGAAUCAUUUCCAGUUCAGCUUUGAAGCCAUGAAAGACACUUCAACUCUCUUUUCUCUGCUGCUUCUUCCUUCUGUUGACAUGAAAAUGUUCAUCAAAGCUCCUCAGAGAAAAAGAUGCUUUACUGGAAACUGGAGAGAAACUUCAGCUUCCAUCACUGAAACCAGUUGAACCAGUUUAGAACUGGAUGUCCCACAGAAACGGAUCUUAGAGCAGUUUUCAGGAACAUCCAUAAUUUGAAGAAAAAGAUUUUACAUAUUUUUAUCUUUUUAUUUUUGUUCUGUAAAUCUGUAAAUAAUGAAGUUUUUUAUAAUAGUCAUUGAUUCUCAGUACUUUAAUAUGUCAGCUUGUUUUGGUGGUUUAAAUUUUUAACUCUAUAUUUCUUGUUUUAAUUGUAAAACUUUAGGACUCGAUGUGGCCCAUUACAGCUGUUUACUGGGAUUUUAUUGAUUUAUUCAGGCCUCAGGUAAUUAGUGGGAUAAUGAGGUGAUUGGCUCAUUUUAUUAAAAUAUCUUAAUAUUUCUUUUAAUGUAAUGUGUGUUGCUAGGUGUUUAAUGAUGAAACAACACAGUUUUUAAUAAUGUUGUUUGCUGGAGUUUUUUCUAUGCAGCUGUCUGUACAGAUAGACUAACAGCACAUUUAUUUUAAUCCUCCAUGCUGUUUAGCUUACUGUAUUCAGAUCACGAAAGAUAUUAAAAAUUAUAUAAUUUUUUAUC